AGUGGUGGCUCAGAGGCUUGCAGUGCUUUCCGGCCGGCCGUCGUUUUCAGAGUCGCUAUGGUGGGCUGUUGCAACCCUUUCCGAGCGGCGGUGGGGCUGGGUGUCAUCGGCCUGGCGUGCCUGGCCUUCGGGGUCUUUUUGAUCGUCAUGGUGCCCGCCAUUGUGAAGAACCAGGUGGCCAAGAAUGUGCGUCUCAGUCCCAAAGGCAUGGUGUUCGAGUUGUGGAAGGACAUCCCAGUGCCACUCUUCAUGUCUGUCUAUAUCUUCGAGGUGCUGAAUUCAAAGGAAGUUCUUCGGGGAGCAACGCCAGCCAUGGCCCAACGUGGCCCUUAUGUAUACAGGGAACAGAGAGAGAAAACAAACAUAACUUUCCAUAAUAAUGGUACAGUCUCCUUCUUGGAGUAUCGGUAUUUUAAUUUCCGGCCAGACUUGUCAAAUGGGUCAGAAUCAGACUACGUCAUCGUACCAAAUAUCCUGGUGAUGGGAGCUGCGGUGAUGUUCGAGCAUCUGCCGAUGGCUAUGAGGCUGACUCUCAGUAGCACAUUUGUCAUCUUCGGACAGGGUGCUUUCAUGAACCGGACAGUGGGAGAAAUCGUGUGGGGUUAUGAGGACCCGCUUAUCGACUUCCUGAACUCCCUCAAGCCGGGGUUGCUUCCGUUUAAAGGGAAAUUUGGUUUGCUUGCUGAACUGAACAAUUCAGAUUCAGGGCUGUUCACAGUGAACACUGGCAUGGAGAACAUCUCCAAAAUCCAUAUGGUGGAUACUUGGAACGGAUUAAAAAAGGUGCCUUACUGGAACUCAGAUCAGUGCAACAUGAUCAACGGAACUAUUGGGCAGAUGUGGCCUCCAUUCCUUACCUCUUCCUCACCUAUAGAAUUGUACAGUCCUGAUGCCUGCAGAUCCAUGAGGUUUACCUAUAAUAAAUCCGGGGAAUUCAAAGGAAUACCUACAUUCCGGUUUUUGGCUCCAAAGACAUUGUUUGCCAAUGGAAUAGACUAUCCACCCAACGAAGGCUUUUGCCCAUGCCGCCAGUCUGGAAUCCAGAAUGUCAGCUCCUGUCGGCUCAAUGCACCAUUAUUCAUUUCCCAUCCACACUUCCUGAAUGCUGACCCUGAGCUCCUAAAGACAGUGGAUGGCCUGCAUCCCAAUGAAGAAGAGCAUGGACUUUUUCUAGAUUUGCAUCCGCUGACUGGCAUUCCUAUGAACUUUUCCAUCAAAAUGCAGCUCAAUCUCUUUAUGAAGAAAGUCCCUGGCAUAUUGCAAACAGGGACAGUCAAGCCAGUUGUGUUGCCUCUUCUUUGGUUUGCAGAGAGUGGAGAGAUCCAAGGCGAUGUCUUGACAAUGUUCUAUACCAUUUUGCUUAUCCCUGUUAUACUGGGCUAUGCACAAUAUUUCCUGGUUGCACUUGGAGGUGUUCUGCUUUUAAUUGCUGCUCUACUUAUGCUCAAGAACAAGAGAGAUGCUCAAGUAAAGACUCCGCUGAUGUCAAAUCUACCAAACGGCCAACUUGAGGAUUCAGACACUGCCCCUCUUCUGCAAAAGGACUUGAGCACAGUUCAUCCCAGGGUUGUUUCCUACACGUGAUACCUCUGUUCCUCUUCACGAAAGAUCCCUAUGAGCUUUCACCAAUAGACUUGGGGUGAGGUGGAUCCAGACAAACAAAUUCAACCACCUCUGUUCUACUUUAUUGAAGUUAGGAGAUAUGUCCCAGCCUUCUUCCACAAACCAUGAGUUUGUGGGAAACUUCAGGAAAGCUUCUUGCGCAAAAGGUUGCACUAUUCUUUGGAUCUUAAGGACAAUGGAGAGCCUGUGUGUGAGGAACGGUGUGUCUCUGCCAUUAUGUAUUUCCACGUGACUGGAAGAGUGGCAGCUGAAGGUGGUUCUUCACUUCCAUGACAGUAGCUCUCCAGUUCUCUGAAAGCUGAUAUAUAUAUAUAUAUAUUGUUAAAAAGCCUGAAGGCACAUUUUGAUAGUCGAUAAGAUCCCAGAGUUUAUGUUGCUGAUGUUUGCUAUUUGAGGGCUAUGAAGCUUCUAUAGAUCUAAACUGACCUAAAGUUUUGUAUUACAAACCUUUCUUUCUCUCCCCUUGUUUAAAAAAUAAGGUGAUUCCUUACAUGCAUUGGAUGCUGAUGCCUUCGCUACCACCCACCUUCCCACAGCAACCUAUCAACAGCUUAAUCUGAAGGUUGGGAAACCCCCAAAGUGGCAUUCAGCAGAGCACUCAGAAAUUAACAUUGGUUUGCAGGGGGAGCAGCAGGAUGGAAAUUGCAUCUGUGAAAGCUAUUCAGGUAGAUU